UGGCAUUAACAGCUAGUUGUCGGAAAUGGACAGGGCAGAACUCCCAUCUGGUGUUUCGGGGCUUUAUUGAGUGCCUAUCCUGUUAUAAUAACUUUGAAGUCAAAUUCUAUUUCAUUUUGAUUUUGAGAACUCUGGUUGGCCUUAGCCACCUACUCCUUAGAAAAUGACCUAUAAAUCCUUCUUGGAAAGUUAAAUAAAAUGACACAAGUCACUUAGGUUGAAGAAAAAUCAACAAUUAAAUAGCCGUGUGUAUAGUACUUUCUCUGAAUGUGUAAAUUACCUAUCGAUUUCAGUUGUGUAAAUAAAUACCUUUUAACACGAAAUAAAUAAAUAAAAAUCAGUAAAAUAGUACAGCAAGCGUGUAUUUCAAUAAAAAGAUCCGUCUAAAAAUGGUUAUUCGAAUCGUAAUAGCUGGUGAAUCACAAUGUGAAACGUUUGCACAAGUAUGCCUUGUAGCUGAUUAUAUAUCCCAAAAUCUCCCAAAUUUUUGCUAUGAACAAAUAAAAAAGUCGGUAUUAGAAUGGCAGGCUUGGUUAAGUAAAAUUAACCAGAAAAAUAAAUGGCACCACAUCAACUCUCCUAUUGUUUGGAAAGAAAUGUUAAUGAAAGGUAGUAAGCCCGUCUAUAUCGGAGGAGCUUCAGAAUUUCUAGAGUACUGUUAUUCGUAUUAUAAUUUCGAUGCUUUUAUGGCAUCGUCAAAGUUUUGUGGAUUGGUGAAAAAUUUUGGUCAAUACCAAGAAAAACUAAAAGUUGAGACCUUCAGCAAGCCUACAGCAGAAUUUUCAAAAGUCAUAGCAUCCGAAAUGAAACCUAAUGAAAAAUGUCACAAAAAUAUAGUAAUAACAAUUUCUGGAGUUUCGAAUCCUUUGGCAAUCCAUAUAUUGUCGGGUCUUUUGGAAAUGAGCAAUUUGGGACUAUCCAAAGUUUACAUUUAUGAUAAGGACUGUUCUGCUGAACACAUGGAGUUAGUUGAAAGACAAUGCAACUACAUUAUGACAUGUAAUUCGGGUAAAACUGUAAAAUACGUAGAGAAGCUUGGAAUGGCUCUUACACACACCAACUUACUCAUUAUUCUUGAUCACGUUUUAUUCAACUUUUUUAGCCAUGAUUUACCCAUGGGCGAAUGGCUUAAGAUGAAUAAAAAGAAGAUGCAAAACAUAGCGCUAAUCAUAAAUACUUCUGCUUCCCGAGAAAUGUUUGUUAUGUUUCCAAAUGUUGGCCCUGCUUGUUACAAUGCUACUGUUUUGAUAGAUAAAACGAUACUUGAUCAUAGAAACAUCGUAGUCGCCACAUCUGAUUUGGGCUUGGAAAUAUCUUCGGUAGCUGCAGAAAUUGCUGAAAUACCUUUACGCAAUAUGUAUUGCCCACCAGUGUGGGGUUUUGUUGGAAUAAAUCAUUUGGUAGAUAUAUGUACCACCGUACACAAAUACAACAGCUUUGAACCUUACAAAAGAUAUUAUAAAGUAAGAAAUUCUUCUUUAAAAAUUGGAACCUUAACACCGGAAAUGAGAACUAUGGAAUAUCUCAUGUUAUCAGAUGAAUCUUUGUGGGAAAAGGUGUCUCGAAAUCAGGCAAAGAGAGCGAAAGACCAGAUUGCUAUUAACAAAGCCUUAGCAGUAUUGAAUGUAAUCAAAGUUUGGUUAUUUGACGUCAGAACUGAUCAAAUUGUAAACUUAGGAAUAAAGUGUAAUGGUACUUUUGGAUUAAAAUUUAAAGGAAUAUUUUCGCAACCUGCAAGGUUCGUUAAUGGUCAUUGGUUGCCUGCAGAAGAUUUUUUACUUCCACGAGAUCGACAAAUGAAAUUAUGUUAUCUAGAUAAAAUGGCAGAGUUUGUAAUGACACUUAAUCGUAAUAGCUUACCCAAUAUUAUACCGCGUAAUUUUUGUUUUUGCAAAACACAAGUACUUAAAAAGAAGAUUGGGUGGUAACAUUUAAUUUUGGUAAAACACUUGUUUUUGAACGAAUACAACUGUCAUUCUGACAUAGAGGAACAAGGAUGCAACAUGCUAGAUGAAAAAUACACACAAUGCGAAAAGCGUCACCAUUGCCAGAGUUUGCCAAAGAUUAUACUGUCUGUGGCUCUUAAUCAUGCUGAAUGGAAAAUUGCGAAGUGCGAACUCGUCGUUCGUCUGUAGUGAAGUGCAGUGUUGAACGGAACGUAUUCGUUGAGGGUUGUAUUACUUUGUCGAAGUAAUGUUAUGACGUGCAGUUACUGUCUUUGUUUCCAAACGUUUUAUUUUAAAUUAAAUUGUUUUACAAUGA